CGGUUUCCAGUCAAAAAUUCCCGCCAGUGACGUGGAAAGGGGAAAUUUUGGAUAAACCUUCCUCGAGGGUUUUAGGGAUUGCUAUUGUUUCGACACUGCAACUCGCUUUCUCUUCAUUUCCUCAAGUCUGUGGGCAAUUCUAGAGACAGUUUUAUCCAUCUUCUGUAGUACUUUGGGCUUCAACAUUCUCUGAGGUAGCAUUUAUAUAUUGUUAAGCAUGGCGAGUAUGCUUGCUGCUCCUACAAUGGCCUCAUUCCAUGUGAAUAUAGGGAGCAAAGACCAUACAAAGUUGAAAUAUACCAUCAAGAGAUCUCACAUUAUAAGGGCUAUGCGGAUAGAGAAACCUCUUGAGGAAUUGUACAAUAUUAGAGUUGAACGGAAAGUAUCGGAGGACCGGCUUUUCCAGCUUGGAGUUUCGAGAUGGUCGAUAUGGAAGACGGGAAAGUGCAAAUUGCCAUGGGACUGGCAAGCAGAUCAACUGGUUUACAUUGAGGAAGGUGAAGUGAGAGUAGUUCCUGAAGGGAGCAAGCAAUACAUGAGUUUCGUAGCCGGAGACCUUGUUCGGUAUCCGAAGUGGUUUGAAGCUGACCUUUUUUUCAAUGGACCGUAUCAAGAGCGUUACAGUUUCAAAGCCUAUGGUGACGACCACUAGUCGUUGCAUCGUUUGCCAGUGAAGAACAUUCAUUUUCUUGUUUCUAGAAUGCCAUCAGUUCACUUUAAGUUACAAAAUAUAUUACAUUAAUAUGUAAAGUCUUGAAAUCCUUUGGAAAAUGAUGUUUGGGAGAACGCAGAUUGCAAUGAACAACAAUGUAGCAAUGCUGCUGAAUUGGCAUUUAACUGAAUAUUCGAUGGCAAACUCCAUUGUUGCAAUUUCAAGAUUUACUGUUUCGGGAUUCUUGAUUCAAAUAAGAUUGGGGAAGUAAGUCUUUCCA